AUGAAAUUAAUCGCAGUUUUGUUCGUUGGUCUUCUGAUUCUUCCCUCGACAUCUGCGUUCAACUAUCUAGUGGUUUCCCCACAAUUCGGACACAGUCAUUCAACGUUUAUGGGAAAAGUGGCGGACUCUUUGUCGGAUGCUGGACAUAAUGUGACCAUUCUCAAUAUCCUCAUUGCCUCAAAGUUCCGUGGCAGACCAUACACCAAGUCAACAAAAGACAUCGUGUAUAUGGAGACAACAGAAGAACUCGACCAAAUCUCGAGUCUAAUGGAGUCUGGUGACUUCUCAAGAUACUGGACAGAAGAGGGAAGUAUGCUGGAAACGAUUCCAAGUUAUCAGGGAUUCAUGAAGAUUUUUGAGAAAGUUUAUGCGAAUGUAAAACGGCAAACGGAUGUGCUGGAUGAACUAAAAGAGUCAAGACCAAAGUAUGAUGUCAUUCUAUUUGAAUCCUUUAUGUUCAUGGCGAAAGCAAUUCAAGAAUAUCUCGAAAUUCCAGUCUUCAUUCCAGUCACUUCGGUGACUCAUGAUGGAAGACUAGCAGAGCUGUGCGGAGAACCUGCCAGUCCGAGCUAUCUGUCAGGAUACUUCACUAACUUUGGGAAUAUUAUGAACUUCCAAGAGAGGCUAACAAACACAAUCUCCUAUUUCCUGGGGAAGAUAAUUCUUGAGUAUCCGAAAUGGAAAACGUUGCAUGACCCUACAAAGCGGCUGGAGUUGGAGUCUGUCUACCAUCAGGCUCCGUAUGUAUUCGUCAACUCGAACCCUUACAUAGACUACCCCCGUCCAAUGCUUGCAAAAACGAUUCAAGUCGGAGGGCUUACGGUAGAUGUGAAGAAGUUGAGGAGUGAGAAGCUUGAUGAGAAAUGGAACAAAAUUCUUGAAGCUAGGCCCCAUUCCAUCCUUGUCUCUUUUGGAUCUAUGUUCAAGUCGAUUUACAUGCCAGAACAAAACUUUGUCAAAGUCAUGAAAUCGUUCAAAAAUGUCACAUUCAUCUGGAAAUACGAGUCGGAGGAAACCGGUUUCUCGCAGGGUGCAGAGAACAUUGUGUUCAAUAAAUGGAUUCCGCAGACCGCCUUACUCGCCGACUCCCGACUCUCCGCGUUUUUGACUCAUGGAGGUCUUGGAAGUGUGAACGAAUUGAGUUACCUAGGAAAACCUGCAAUUCUUUGUCCGUUGUUCGCUGAUCAGCUCCGAAAUGCAAAAAUGUUGGCGAGACAUAACGGAGCCAUUGAGAUAUCUAAAUUUGACUUGGCGGAUUAUAAGGCUUUACAAUCUGCAAUUCAUAGAAUUCUUUUUGAUAAAUCUAUCACUGAGAACGCCUUGAAUCUGGCGAAAAGGCUGGAAAAUCAACCGAUGAAGCCGAAAGAGUUGUUAGUGAGGCAUGCUGAAUUUGCAGCAGAAUUUGGUGAGCAACCUGGACUUGACUGCAACAUUCGAAAUAUGACUUUCAUCGAGUUCUACUUGUUAGAUGUUUUCGGAUUCUUGGCAUCUAUUGUGUUAUUGGUACUUCUAGUGAUAUACUUUGCAGCCAAGAAAAUAACUGGCAUGUUGGUGAAGAAAUUGAAGCGGGAUUAA